AUGAUGUCACCCAAUGUCGAGGUCCAGUGCAAUGCGGUCGGCUGCAUUACGAAUCUUGCUACGCAUGAGGAUAACAAAGCCAAAAUCGCCCGGUCCGGUGCCCUGGGGCCGCUAAUUCGCCUCGCAAAAUCGAAGGACAUGCGCGUCCAGCGCAAUGCUACAGGGGCCUUACUAAAUAUGACGCAUUCGGAUGACAAUAGGCAACAGCUUGUCAAUGCCGGUGCGAUCCCCGUCCUUGUUCAUCUCCUGUCCUCCUCCGACGUCGACGUCCAGUAUUAUUGCACAACCGCCCUUAGCAACAUCGCUGUGGAUUCAUCCAAUCGCAAGAGACUCGCUCAGACGGAGUCGCGGCUGGUUCAAUCCCUUGUGCACUUGAUGGACUCAUCAACACCAAAGGUUCAAUGCCAGGCCGCCCUAGCCCUUCGCAACCUUGCCUCCGACGAGAAGUACCAGCUCGAAAUCGUCCGCGCUAAGGGACUACCGCCGCUUCUCCGCCUUCUACAGUCAACUUAUCUUCCCCUCAUCCUCUCAGCCGUCGCCUGCAUUCGCAAUAUCUCCAUACACCCUCUGAACGAAUCUCCUAUCAUCGAUGCUGGGUUCCUCAAACCUCUGGUCGAUCUUCUAGGCUCAACAGAUAAUGAAGAGAUUCAAUGCCACGCUAUCUCCACCCUCCGAAAUCUCGCCGCUAGUUCAGACCGCAAUAAGGAGCUUGUCCUCCAGGCUGGUGCGGUCCAGAAGUGUAAAGAUCUUGUUCUGCGGGUGCCAAUUAGCGUUCAAUCCGAAAUGACCGCUGCCAUUGCGGUCUUGGCCCUAAGCGAUGACUUGAAGCCUCAUCUUCUUAACCUCGGUGUCUUCGACGUACUGAUCCCUCUGACGGAAUCGGAGAGUAUCGAGGUCCAAGGAAACAGUGCGGCCGCGCUGGGCAAUCUUUCUUCUAAAGUCGGCGACUACUCUAUCUUCGUUCGGGACUGGGCGGAUCCUAAUGGAGGCAUUCAUGGCUACUUGAAGCGGUUCCUUGCUAGCGGUGAUCCCACUUUUCAGCACAUUGCCAUCUGGACGCUUCUUCAGCUCCUCGAGUCGGAGGACAAGCGCCUCAUCGGUUACAUUGCGCAAUCAGAGGAUAUUGUCCAUAUGGUGAGGUCAAUAUCGGACAAGAACAUCGAAUCCGAUGAAGAGGAUACGGAAGACGGUGAAGCCGAAGUCAUUGCACUGGCUCGGCGAUGCCUCGAGUUUUUUGGAGGUGGGCCUAAACAGACUCUUGUGGAAGGCUAG